GCUCAUCACGUUUCAUUUGAAGCAAGCAACAACAGACACUGAGGCCGCUCUCUGACUCGGAGGAGGGAGUGAUGGGUUGCCGGCAGACGGUGGUGGCCGCGCUGCUGCUGGCGGCGGCGCUGGCCGCGUGCGCGGCGACGCCGGCGACGGCGACGCACAGGAUCUACAUCAACUGGCUGGCCCACAGCAACUACUCUGACUGGGCCAAGAGCCACGGGCCCUUCUCCAAGGGAGACUAUCUCGUGUUCUACACGCCGGACAAGAACCUGGACGUGGUGGAGGUGAACGAGCGCGGGUUCGAUAGGUGCGACCCCAGAAACCCCAUCUACCGCUCCUCCGGCGGCCGUGAUAUCCCCAUCCUGCUCAGCGAGGCCAAGGUCUACUACUUCAUCUGCAGCGUCGGCAGGUACUGCCCCGACGGGAUGCGCCUCGCCAUCGAGGUCCAUGACAUGCCGCGGACGCCGGCCUCCGCACGCGACGACACGUCCGGCGCCGCAAUGGUGGAGAGCAACAUCACCUCACCGGCGGCUGGACCCCGAGCGAGCUCGGAGAGCGAGGGAGAGGGGCAGGCAGGAGGACGAAGCGACGAUGCUGUUCAUCUGUUCCGGAAAACUAGAAGGAACAAGCACGCUGGGCUAGCUGAGGCCCGGCCUGUAAAUUAG